UUGUGAGCGUCCAAAACGUCAGCUGUUUUGACAUGCCAAUGCCAACAUUGAAUUUUAGUUGUAACUUGUAACAAGUUUCGCUGAGAUAUAGGUUAUCUUUAUUGAAGUUACAAUAUCAAAUAUUAAAUCAUGGCUGGAGAUGGAUCUACAAAGCUGGAUCUUCAUGAAGAUUUCUAUGAAGGGCCUGUAGAAGGAAGUAUGAAUAUUCCAGGGAUGAACAAGCCUCAAAGUCUUGGUCAACCGGACUUUAAUACAUUAGAUGAACCAAUUAGUGUAACAGUGCUGAGAGAUCUUGGAGCUGUCGGUGUAAAAUUUAAGCAUGUUUUAUAUCCAACAGAAAAGAAGAGUUUAUUAAAAGAAUGGGAUUUAUGGGGACCGCUAUUGUUAUGUACAUUCAUGGCUAUGGUCUUGCAAGGAGAGGCAUCAUCGGCGGGGUAUGAUGGCGGACCAGAGUUUGCCGAAGUGUUUGUUAUUGUUUGGAUAGGAGCAAUGGUUGUCACCCUAAACUCAAAACUUCUUGGAGGAAAUAUAUCAUUCUUCCAGAGUGUUUGUGUUCUCGGAUACUGUUUGCUGCCGACAGCCAUAGCGCUGCUGGUGUGUCGCUUCAUCCUUCUGUUCCAACAAGACAAUAUCCUGUUUACUCUGCGCUUCUUCGUCACAAUGCUAGGGUUUGCUUGGGCCACCUUUGCAUCCACCCUGUUCCUAGGAGACAGCCAACCUGUGGGCAGGAAAGGCCUCGCCGUCUAUCCAAUAUUCCUCUUCUACUUCGUGAUCUCGUGGCUUGUCCUCUCCCACACGGUCUGAGAGUGAUCAGUGUUUUGUGUCAAGGAACAGUAUUUGCUGUACAUACGUCUUGUGUAACUUAUUGUAAAUUUCACAUUAUGGCCUCGCUAAUUCAUUCCGUCACAUUUAUUGGUCUGAGGUCAUUUCACAAGUAAUUUUAAGAGUUGCACAAAGAUAUCUGUUAUUUUUAUGUGAACAAGACUUUCCCGGUUUUAGUUGAAUGAAAAGGUAAUUUUUAUAUUAAUAUAUCUGGUACCAAUAAAAUCAUGUGCAGAAUCUCGUAUAAACCAAUGAUGUAUAUUGGUCGUAUUCCAUUAUUUUUUGGACUAUUUCCUCGAUGUUUAAAAUAUGUAAUAGCUGGUACAAACAUUGUGCUAAUACAUUCAGGCUGGCAAAUAUGAACAAUUAAAAGCCUAUUACUGUAGUCAAUGUAUAACAAUAAUAAUAACAAUUAUUUUGCACCACUAAAAAUUAAAUGCAGUGUGUCUAAAUUUGUUAAUAUAUCAUUUUAAAAAUACUUAAGUGGGAAAAAAACCAGUUGACACAAAGUUAUAUUGAGUAAAGUGACCGUAGAAAAAUCAUUUGUGUUAGAUAUUGAAGUAUUUUGUGAUGUGUCCAACAUGUGCGAAAGUUCAUGCCACUUACUAUAUAAAAAAAUAAAAGCACUGUAAUAUGGUGUAAUAUUGUAUUACAAUUAUAUUUAGGUCACAGGUAUCAAAAUACCUGUCAGUUUUACAAUGAACGUCACAAUAAUCUGUUAAAACUGCUUUUAAUACAAAACAAUACACACAGUGUAAAGCACUGAAAUUAAUUAUGCAUGCAGAUAAUGCAGCAGUUGGGAAUAAUCAUUAUUUUGUAGGGGAAAAAGUAAGUGAUGACAAACAUUACUAAUUAAUUUUCAUUCACUUUACUGUGAAAACCGAAGAGCUCCCAGGAAAAUAUAACAGAGCGUAACACAUGAAAUUAUCUUUUGGUUUAUCAAUUGUUAAGAAAUAUGGUAAUAUUGUUACAAAAAAAAUCAUAGCCACUCAAUUCUAUAUUGCUAAUGGCACACAAAAAUCAAUUCUGUAAAUAAUAAAACGUGUAGUAGCUACUUUAGAAAGUUUGUUGUAUUUGAUGUAUGCAAUCUUACACGGUAUAAAGAUAUUUUCAAUUCAUUAAAUGAUUUUGCUCUAUAAUAUUAGUUAUUAUAAAAAAACCUUACACGUAAAAAAAAUUUUUUUUACGUUUUAUCAUGGCAUGGAAAAUUUUCUUUACAAUUUUUAAAUCCAAUAUGACUAAUAAUGUCAUAAGUUAUGUUAUUUUCUAAAAGUAUUUUAUAAAUGUAAACAAAAAGUAAUUACACACCUGAAAAUUUAAAGCAUGCACAGGCAUAAAAACAGAAAAUUUUGGAAAAUUUAUUAUGAAUGCUAACAUACAAAAUUAAAGCGCUUUAUUUACAUAUCUGUAAACAGCAAGUGGACAAAAAUGUCCAGAGAUAAGUAAAUUAUAUUGGUAUGCAAAGUUUUUGUUCCUCAUAUAUAAAAUAAGAAGAAUUGCCAUAAAUUAACAGAAAUAAAUCCACUCUGAGUUCAUUGUAACUAGUAAUUCUGAAUUAAAUGAACAUGAAAUAAUAUAUAUAUAUAUAUAUAUAUACAUAUAUAUAUAUAUACAUAUAUAUAUAUAUAUAUAUACCUUGGAACAGCAAGAACUGAGCGGCAUUGCCAAACUUGUAACCCGCUGUAACCGCAAGCUGCCCGAAUGCAGCUUACUUAAAAUGCCUAAUCCUUAUGCCCGAAAGAAAUGUUAGAGCUGUCUUAAAUUAAUUAACUACGUAUUACAAAAUGUAGUUUUACGGUCAUUUAAUAAAAAAGUACAUCUUUGUAGCUUAUUUCCAUGUUGAGAUAAAUGGAUUAAAUGGAUUUUUGUAUUAGAUUAGUCUUUUACGAAGAUUGUAGAAUUAAAAUCUUUAGCCGAAAUAUAUAAAAAUAACUCAUAAACAUUAAUUUCCUGUAUUUAAUAGUUAGAUAAUACAAGUAUCUGUUAUAUCAAAUUAGGCAUUACUUGUUUACAUAUUAUUAAUCAUGUUAUGUUCAAUGAAUAUUCAGUUUGGUAAGAAAGUUAUCAAAUACGUCUGAGAUCUACUUUUCAUUUUCAAAAAUUUACUUCAGUACAUAACGGCAGGAAUUGUUUGCCAUAAUGGUUUUGUUACGCACUUCGGUUCUCAUAAAUUUAUUAGCACUUUCAGCAUCUUUCGUGAUUAUACACUUACAGCACCUGAGUGGUCUUAACUAUGUUUUAUCUAAAAUUACUUUCACAACUGGGUAAUUUAAGUACUUAAAGAGGCAACAGUUGAGAUUGUCAUGCAGCACAAGUUUUUUUUAUAAUAUGAAAGCACUUUCUACAUUUCAAAAGUAACCGUUUUCUAUAACACCCAAUUGAGUCCAUCCAAAUAUCAAGGGUAUAAAUAAUAUAAACAAUAUAGGGCCAAGGACAGAUCCUUGCAGUACACCUGUAUUUACAAGGAGUGGUUUUGAUCUGUCCUCUUUCUGUGUUCUUAACUUUAACCAAUUGGCUGCAUUGUUCCAGGUAGCUCUUAAACAAGUUAAGGGGAAUACUUCUAUGCCCAGAUUGUAAAGUUUGUUUAAAAUGAGAGAGUGGCUAAUCGAGGUAAAGGAAUUUUAGUCCAUUUAACUCAAGAGUAAUUCUAAUGCAAUAUGCAUUGAUAAAAUAAUACUGUGUAUGUAGACAGGGCUAACAAUUAGGUUUACAAUGAUAUCUACAUAAUGAUAGCUCAAAGAAUUAAUGACUAUCUCCCAAUUGCCAACCACAGAGAGUCAGUAGUUGAUGGGUAAUUUUUGUUUGUACUACUAGGAAUAAAUAAAAUUUGAGUGAAGUUUAAAUAAACCGAUACAACAGAGUAUUCAAGGAUCCGACAGAACAUAAAUACAUUUUGCUUUUUGUUGCGUAACUUGUUUAUUGAUGUUUUUGCAAUUCUAUGUAAGCCGGACAUUCUGUGCUUUCUAAUGGUGAUUUCCUGUAUUAGUAGGACUAUUGCACUGUCUGAUGUGCAUUUUAGUCUGAUAGACACUUAAUACUACAUCAAAAAUGCAUGUUCACAGACAGUUGUCAGCGGGCUUUGGAUUUUCAGUGUUGUUUAUGAAUUCAGCACUAUUGACAAAAAAAGCAGUGGCGAUGAUUGUAAAUAUUCUAAAUAUACAAUAUUUAGUUUUAAAGCAAAUAAAAUGCUUAUAGACGUAAAUUAAUAAGAAUGUUGCAUCUGUUUGGAACUGAGUUAAAAACACUUUAAAAUAGAAAGAAGAAAUUGUAGAUUUUAUCUACAUUGGCAUGCCCUGGGGUUGAAAUGUGAACAGCAGAAAUAAUUAGUAAAUUUUUGUUAUUUAAAAUUAAUAUUUUUUCCUCUUUUUGUAAUAUCAAUUGUGGAUACAACACUGAAUCUUUCAAAAUGUAUUUACCUUAAUUUAAAAUAAGCAGUUAGCCUUUUUCGAAAUGCUUUCAAUAUACAAUUAGAUUUAUAUUUUGUGUCUGGUUAGUUUGUAAUAAUUAAUAAUAUGGAGCAUUAGAUGAAGAUUCUGCACUCUUAUUCUUCAAGAAUUUGUUUGAUGUUCAUUAAUAACAAUCAUACAUAUAAAAACUAAUAUUUUAUGUAUUUUAAGUGGAAAUCCAUCAUAAGAAGUAAAACAAUAAAUAAAAUAAUAUAAUACAAACUAUGGAUGCAGUUUGCUUGCCAACAUCAGUGUAAUAUAUAUUUGUCUUAAGUGUGUAAAAAUUGGUAUAAAAAUGUUCAGUGUGUUUUAUGAACUGGUUUCAAAUAUAAUAACUACUUUAUAUUAAGACUCUCAUAUAUAUUUUUCAUAUAUUUUAGAUUAUGAAUCAGACUGCAUGAUAAACUUGUAAUAUGUAUGGAAAGAUGUAACUAUUCUUAGGAAAUAAUUGAAAAUCUGUCACAAAUAAUUGUAAACAAUUGUAUUUGUAAUAAUUUUUAACCUCUCAAUGACUUAUUCAUUCCAGUUUUUACUAUUUCAUGUUGACCUUAGAAGCUACAAUUGGGUAUUUCCUGUAAGUAGAGAAAGUAAACUAACAUAAUGUUUAGUCAAAGUUCAUACUGGGUUUUGAAUACCAUUUAUGGAAAUUUUGGAAACAAAACAAAUAAAGUAUAAUUUAUAACUCAAUAAUGGUGAGAUUUUGUUGAACACUUUGAGUGCGGAUCCCAUAUUUUACAGGCAGCAAAGUUCCAGAAGAAUGAGGGUCUUGCCGUUUUAUGUAAUUAAUGUUUUUGAAUAAAAUUAUAUUGUGUGAUCUAUAUUAUUAAGGGUUUUGUUUACUCUGUGAUGUUAGUUACACAAUUCAAACUAGAAUGCGCACUAAUUAUUAUUGAAACAGCUUAUUGACAAAACAGAAGAAGUUGGCUUGUUUGCAAAAUCUGCUAUGCAAAAAUACAUGUUCAAUGUAUAUUAUACUAAAAAAAACUAUAGUGUACUACAUUUUACAUAAUCAUCAAUUGACAGUUUAUGUUCAAAUAAGAUCUUGUCAAAUUAAUGUAAAUGUGUUUGGUUUAGAUUCUAAUAAAACGUGAGCUAAAAUUUUUCAGGAAUUUAGUAUUAUAAGAAUUUUACAAUUUUUCAAAGUCAAAGUUAGAAGAAAGGUAAAAAAACAAAAGAAAUACAAAUAUAAGCAUUCUUUUUUAUGUAUAAUGGGUUUUUGACUUAGUGUUUUGAAAAUCGCUAAAACACCCAGUGUUCUAUAAUGAAGCCUGUAAUUUGGGUCCAGCACUCAAAGUGUUAAGUACUUUACUCUGCCAAUAACAUUUUAAGAUCUUGAAAUUGUUAUCAAAAUUGAUCCAGAAUAUCUAAUAUCCAUAAUAUAUUAUCUGAAAAGAAGUCAACUUCAAUAUUAUUGCAAUCUGUUUAUUGCAUUGUUCAAGGCCAGACUCUCCCAACUGCAACUCACUUCUCAGCCCAUUAAAAAACAAAUGUAUUCUUGCUUGGUUUGAUUUUAAAUUGAGUUAAAAUAAAUUAAGCUCAUACUAAUGUAUCAUAUAUGAGAACAAUAAAUAAGCAAAUAUAUGAACAGCACCAUGAAUCCUAAGUUAAUGCAUGAGGAUUAUACUAUAGCCUUUUAGGCAUUUUUUUUUUUAGAUCUUCUGGAUCAAUUUGAUAACAACAUUAAGAUCUAAAAAUCCUCAAACUUUUUAUGUAUAGUUUAUAUAUAUAUAUAUAUAUAUAUAUAUAUAUAUAUAUAUAUAUAUAUAUACAUAUACAGACAUAAACUAUAGAUAAAAAGUUUGAGGAUAACUAGAUUCUAAACUAAAUUACUUGCACAGUAGAGUAAAACUUUAUCCAGAUCACUAACGUCAAAAAAAUCUGUACUAAUGUAAAAAAAAAUUAAGAUUGUCCAAUUAGCUGGUAACGAAUCAGUAAUUCCCUGAGAAUUUGGAGACAACCAGAAUUCAAAUCGUAAUUAUCCAUAGACAUUUUUCUUUGUAUAUAAAAUAGGCUGUUAUAUAUUUAUUUCAUUAAAACUAUUCCAGUGGGUGCUAUAACAGCGUAUAUUGAUACUUUUUCAGUAUUCAGCAUUGUUAUUUAAUGUAAUAUUUGGUCCAGCUAUAUUUGGUUAAUUAUUACUAUUAAAUUGAAGUGUCUUUUCAUUAAUGAUUUGACUGAUUAAAAUUGUCCAUUUAAGUAUUUGAAAUGUUCUUAUGUAGAAUACAUUAAAUGGUAAAUUUUCUGAUUUGGGCAAUCUACUGAAGCACUAUUUAUUUUAAUUUGUUUUAGUUUGAGUUGUUGAAAUGUAAAUACAUUCACUUAUAAAUGUUGUUAAUACACAAUUUAUUUAAACGCC